GCGGGAACCCGAGCAGAGACAUCGAAGAAAGGAUUGUGAGGAAAAUUCAUGGGGGUUUGAAGCAGAAAGUCUCUCCUGGAUAAUCUCCCCUUUCCCGCAGUCAUGUUAUCCAGUUAAUAGAUUUGGUCCUUCGAGGGUCAUUAAGGUGACCUGUUUCAAAGACGGGGAUGACACCAAGAUGGCUGUGUUGACAAAGCUGCGGUGGAUCUUGAAAGAAUCUUUCCUGGAGUGAAUGAAGGCUUGGUAGAGAAGACUGGGAAAUUGCGCUGGAUUCCAUCAGGAGAAUUACUUUGAAGAAGAAAACACCAUUCUUGGAACUUUUCUGGCACAUCCCGUAUACAGAGGAGAAAAAGAAGCAAGACAAGGAAGAAGAGACGAGCUAAGGUGGGAAUGGAUGCAGCCAUGGCCUGUUGUUUUUAAAGAGGCUACUCAGUGGGAUAGACCCAUUAAAAAGGCAACCAGGAUGAAACUGUGGGGCAGGUCAGCUUGGCCUUUGCAGGUGGCCUACCUCGUUGCCUUGGCGAUGGUCUGCGUUGACCCUGUGGCAACUGGCAACCGCAACCAUCGGGGAUCGACAGUCUCCUACCAGGUGAAGCAGGGGACAUGUGAGGUUGUGGCUGUCCAUCGCUGCUGUAAUAAGAAUAAGAUUGAGGAGCGUUCCCAAACUGUCAAGUGUUCCUGUUUCCCCGGGCAAGUUGCUGGCACCACCAGAGCCAGACCCUCAUGUGUGGAAGCCUCCAUUGUAGCCCAAAAAUGGUGGUGCCAGAUGCAGCCAUGCAUGGAUGGAGAAGAAUGUAAGGUCUUACCUGACUUGACUGGCUGGUCCUGCAGCACUGGCAAUAAAGUCAAAACCACUAAGGUGAGAGUCUGUACUGUACUUGCAUUUGAUCAAGUGUGGAAGUGCCUUCCUGUCAUUCUUCUACUUGAUGGUUGGCCCGCCGGGGACUGUGCCUCUCCGAAUGAGACUCUCUGCUUUCAGUCAUGCCGCUUUAUGAGCUAUGAUAAAUCUGUAGGAGCUGAGUUGGUGCCUUUCCUGCUCCUCUGCUCAGCUCUGUGCCAGAGGGAGCUGGGAGGAAAGCAGGCCUACUAG